AUCAGUUCUGUUCCUUUAGGAGCCAAGCUACUGAUGCACGAGUUGAACUCCACAGAAAAAAAAACUCUCUUCUUCCGGAGCCCUCAGGAGCCACUUCAGGACUCAGUCUGGAUCAGUGGUUACUAAGGUGCAACUUAGCCCGAUGAUAAAACUUCGCCGCUGAAACGAGGCGUGACUUCACACCCGUAAGGCCUGGCAGUCAAGUGGCCAAAACCUGUAGCUCUCGGUCCAGAGACGAGUCUACGUUAGAGCUGGAUUCAGCUUACAAACGGGCAGAGGACGAACCCGUGAGGAGCUGUCUUUAAGAGGCCAGAAGGACUGAAGUCCACAGUAAAUACACAGUAAACACCCCUCUGGCUGGUCCAACAUCUGUACCCGACCGCCCAAUGAGAGGCAGCGGCAGAAGUCGAUCAGACCAAUCGAAAGAGAGAAUCUGGCUUUUAACACGUCGCCCUCGCCAGGAGGCCGGUUCAGUGAAGUUUGAAUCCCGUAGCGUCCUGUUGUCGUGUCCUACACCAACAUUGUCUCGCAAUAACAUGGCGGCGGCGGCGGCUGGUACCCAGGGGAUGCCGACAUGGGAGAGAAAAGCGCGCGUCCUCUUGUGCGUUUUUGGCCUGGCUCUCUCGGUUUAUGCGCUUCACGUCGAGCUGUCCCGGGAGAGAAACCCAGAUUACAGGGCGAUGUGCGACCUGGGGGAGUCCGUGAGCUGCUCCAAAGUUUUCACCUCCAGAUGGGGACGUGGGUUUGGUUUGGUCCAGUUCUUUGUGGCCCAAGAUAGCCCUCUGAACCAGCCCAACAGCCUCCUUGGCAUCAUAUUUUACACUCUCCAGAUGGGCCUUGGACUGUUAUUGUCCAAGAAAGCAGCAGUGUUUUUGGUCCUCUCCUCCUGGGUGUCAGUGGCCGGCUCGCUCUAUCUUGCAUCUAUUCUCGCCUUUGUUCUGGGGGAUUUCUGCAUGGUCUGCGUGUCAACAUAUAUUAUCAACUUUGCACUGCUCUUCACCAACCUCAAACGGAGGAGAGCAAUCGGAGGGAUGAAGGAAAAGGCUGGAUAGAUGGUGCUACUUGUGAUAUUCAACACCUUCUCUUUUUUUUUUUCUCUGCUGAGCUGAAGCCACACUGGAUCUGAAGCGCAAAUUCUCUCCCACAGUAUUUUAUUUUAUUUUUUCAGAGAAACGGGACUGGAUGUGCGUCUCAGGAGAUUUAUAAGAUACUUUUCAGAACAUUGUCAGCCAUUUUUGUAUAUCAGUGUACAUUUGUGAUUCUAAUUACACAUUUUUGAAGACUACCUCUUGUCUCAUGUGAUUAAAGCCUGGUGAAGUCCAUAGAAAUCCUAAAAGUGGAUAUACACUAGAAUACAGUAAAUUACUAGGUGGUAAGCGAUCCAGUGGCCUGCAAUUACUCAGCCCUACCAGUAGAUGGAACUAAAUAUCAAAUAUGAAUCAAAUUCAAUUCAAUCAAAUAACAACAGAGCUAUUUGGCUGCUUUGUCUCAAGAUGAAGGGAAGUUUACCCUUUGUGAAGGAAAUCUUCUAUUAUUUCCAAAUACUUGGUGGACUCAGUCAUGAAGUAAAUCCUUACCUUGUAAUGUGUGGCGAAGGGGGCACCUCUCUAUUUCAAGAAAAAAAAAAACUACAGUAUUUGUGUUACAUGCACGGCUGAAAAUAACAAGGAUAACAUAACAAGUAUUGUCAAACUCCUAAAGCAAUAGUUAACCCUUUUAUAAAACCCUACUUUAAAAUGAAAGGCGCCUCACGGAACUAGUUUUUAACUGCAGUUAGAAAUUCACAAGCUCACUCCUUCACAUUUAGCAAUUUGCAGACUCUCCACAAGGAUGAGGUUAAUGAACACUGAAUACUAGAUGGAAAGCUGAGGCUACGUGGCGAAUAUGACGUGAAGGAUAAAGGAUGAGAAGGAAAAAUCCCUGUAGUUGGCUGACUCCCUGAGAAGUAAGUGUAAAAAAUAUCUAAAAGGAAACUUAAAGGCAGAAAUGUUUGCUUGCAUUUUAUGGUUUUGAACAACAUUAUUCGACUAAAGUGAGGUGCUGAUCAGGCCUAAUCAAGUCAAAAUGAAAGGGUGCAUUAUAUAGUAGACCACAGGUGUCAUAAAAAUGGUUAUAAAGCAUCCCAGUAAUCUAUAUCUAACUGAGAGUUAUGGAUUUGUAUAUUCAUUUGUAAAUUCUUUCAAUGAUUUUUCUUUUUAUGGUUCAAUUAAAUAUUAAUUUAGCGUUUUUAUUUCUAGAUAAAUUCAUUAAUUUGUAAAAUCGUUUUAUUGUCCAAUUAGAUAUGCAUUAAUGGAAUUGCUUUAUUAAACAAUCCCAUGACACAGUACAGUCAGUUUAUUUAUUAAUUCUGGCUUUAUUUUGUUCAGUUUCUACUAUCUAUACAUCUACAACUUUUCAGUUGGUUAAAUCUUGUGAAAUGUGAAUCAUUUGCACUUGUUCGAAUCAUGUUGCCAUGUGAUCCCAGUAAACACAUCAGAAGUU